AUGGCCCCUCUAGCCACUAGCAAUAUCUUCGCUCGAAUGGAUUCUGAAUGCGUGUAUAGUCCACGAGCCGUGCCUACUGGAAGGCCCAUCCUCGACAAUAGAUAUCGCUACAAUCCCUCUGCAGAACUUCUGCGCAAAUUGUCUCUUACCGAGCUGCAACGUGUUAACAACUUCAUGGUGUCAAAUGAGUACGGAAUGAUAUGCUGGUCUGGUGAAACUGACAUAUCUGGCGUGGACUUUACCAAGGAUCUGGUGCUGGAGAAGGGCGGCUGCGAGGUCUACCCCAAUGGUAAUGCACCGCCGCGGGGCACUAAGCUCAAUAAGCACGCGAUUAUUACACUUCUCCGCAUCGAGUUUUUCCUGCCCGGGCCGCAAGAAUCCUUCCUUCAGACGCAGGUAGAGCAGAGAACCCUGGAAAUGGGCGCCCGAUUCAUUUCCUUUGAUAACGUCACCGGAAAGUGGUCAUUUGCCGUCGACUACUUCGUCUAG